CUAACCUGAAAAUUAAACGUCAAAAGUUUAUUAUUAUAUCAUCAAAAUGUUCUCGCGAAUUUGUAGGUAAAAUAUGCAUGAAUUUUAUUAGUUUAGUAAUCAUAAGAAGUCUCAAAAAAUUUUUGUAAAAUAUGAAGCCCCUUUCUCAGUUGAGACUGAUAACAUUUGAUGUAACAGAUACUUUACUGCAAUUUAAAUCCAGCCCUGGCCAGCAAUAUGGAGAAAUUGGUGCUCUCUAUGGAAUUUCCUGCGAUAAAAAGGUUUUGAAUAAUCAUUUUAAAACUCAAUUUCGAAAAAUGAGUCAAGAACAUCCAAAUUUUGGACGUACUACAGGUCUGGGAUGGGAGAGGUGGUGGCAAACAGUUGUUAAAGACUCUUUCAAAGACUGUGAUAUAAAUUGUGACAAUGAAAAAUUAGAUCAGGUAGCGGCUCAUCUACUUGAUCUGUACAGAGGUCCAGAAGUAUGGCAAGUAGCACAUGGAGCAUAUGGACUUUUAUCUUUUCUUAGAAGUAAAGGUAUGACGCUAGGAGUAGUCUCAAAUUAUGACCCUAGGUUAAGACACGUCUUGAUCAACACCAGACUCAGGCACUAUUUCCAGUUUGUACUGAUAUCCUAUAAUGUAGGAUUCGAAAAACCUGAUCCUAAGAUUUUUCUUGAAGCAAUGUCUUCGGCUAAACUUGAAAAUCUAGAAGCAAAGGAAUGUUUACAUAUAGGAGAUCAAAAAUCUUUAGAUUAUGAUGGUGCAAGAAACUGCGGAUGGCAUGCCGUUUUAGUUGAUGACAAAGAAAAGUAUCCAGAUAUUGAUAAAGAACAUGUUUUUAAAAGUUUGUUUGAUCUUCAUAAGCAUUUUAUUAAAACUUCUGGCGAAUCGUUAUUUUCUCAUACAGUAUAACUGUAUAUUUUUUAAAUUAAUUUAUUCUUGUUUUUUGUGAAGUUUGUGUUCUUAGAACAAAAA